CCUUUAUUCAUUCUAUCUAGGCAAUGUGAGAAAGUAAUAGAACAAUUAAAUAUAUUUGCAGAAAAAAAGUUAAAAUUAUGGGUUCAAAUUCUAAAGAAAUGAACAUUGAUUUGAAUUUUGUUUAUGUGCCCAAGUUAAUUUCAGAUGUUUUAACUGAAGUUUCUGCCAUGGAUGACAUCUCCAAGAAAUUAACAAAGCUCAAUCAGUUUCUUGUUCCUUUAGAAGAAGAACUCAGAAAAACCGAAGCUUUUAAACGUGAAUUGCCCAUGUGUAUGCUUCUUCUCAAAGAUGCUAUUGAGAGAUUAAAGGCAGAAGCUUUGCUGUAUAAGGAGAAAGAUAAAAGUCCUGUGAUGGAGGAAUUCAUCCCACUGAAGAAGGGUAAUUCUGAUGAAAGUGGAAGGGUAAAAAAGUCAAAUGAUUUAAGUGAUAAGAAAAACUGGAUGAGCUCUGCUCAGCUAUGGAGCACUCCAGUUCAGUACGAAAGCUUAAAAUCGAGUGGUGUAGAAGAGAAAGCCAGGGAGAAGCAGUACCAGUUAGGAGCAUGUAAAUUGAAGAAUGAAAGAGGGGCAUUUUUGCCAUUUCAAGGACAAGCUUUGAAGGAAGGAAAAAAUGGUUUGGCAGUGAAGGAUUUAUCUCUGUCAAUGGCAGUGACAGUGGGUGAAGGAGAAAAGGGUCAAAAGCCAAUUGAUGUGAGUGUGAAAAGAGAAAACGGGCCAUCAAAUUCAAAUGGAUGUGGUGUUUUUUCACAGGACAAAUCACAACACAGGAAACAGAGGCGUUGUUGGUCUCCAGAAUUGCAUCGUAGAUUUGUUGAUGCUCUUCAUCAACUUGGAGGUGCACAAGUGGCUACACCAAAACAGAUCAGAGAUAUCAUGCAAGUGGAUGGCCUGACCAAUGAUGAAGUGAAAAGCCAUUUACAGAAAUAUAGACUUCAUGUGCGACGAGUCCCAGCAUCAGGUUGUUCAUGGUCUAAUAUGGAUGAAAUUGGGGAGUCUUCAAAGACAAAUGGUACACAAUCUGGUUCUCCUGAAGGGCCUCUUCAUUUUACUGGUUCGGGUUCAGCCAAAGGGGUGUCUAUCAAUGAAGAAGAGGAUAAUAAAUCUGAAAGCUAUAAUUGGAAUGGACAGCUUCAAAAGAGCAUUGAAGGGUCAACUAUAAGAUCAAGUAGCCAUUAAUUUUGCAGCUAUAGAAAUAGGACAGAAACAAAACAUAACAAAUAACUUAUGAGAGAAGUACCGAUGAGUUCUUUCUGAAAAAUAGGAAAUAGGGACUCUGCUGAUUUUAACAUGUUUGUUUGUGAAAUCAGAUUUAAUUAACUUUGACAUCGUUGAUUUACAAUACAUUGCGAGUAGGACUAAUGAUUUGGAUAUAUAGUCUGAUACUAAUACAGCUGGUAGAAACCAGUGAAACUAGAGCGGGAAUAUCAAUUUUACAAACUAUAUUGAAUAUUUAUCUACUCUUGGAAAUGCUUUUUUU